AAACAAGAGAGUGAGAAAAAUUAAAGAGAAAUAGUGUGUGUGUUUCUUGGGAAACUGUGUACACUAUUACUCUCCUUCUCAGGGGUUAUUGUAAGCAAAAAUCUUGAGCUCUUCACCUCACUUUCUUUCUCCUCUUUUAAGGAUAUACUUCUUUUCUUGGAGCUUGAGUGAGUUUUUCCUUUUUCUUUAUUGAAAAAUGUAUGAAUGACUUGUUUUUGGUUUUCAUUAGAAAUCUUGAGUUUCACUAGUCUGAGAUCUUUCUGGUAAAUUAUAAAAAACUGUGAGGUGGACUUUAGUACAAAGCUCAUUUAGUUUCUCAUUUCUACAUUUUGCUGCUGAGAGGAAAUUGAUAUGCAGACACCAAAAGGAAGGACUGUUUCUGUGGAAGUGCCUCAAAGGACAUCUGCUGCUACACUAAAGACAGCUCGAAAGCUCAGGACUCCAGGGUCAGAUGGUGAUUCUGUUUCAUCUCCAAAUCCAGCCAACAGAACACCUAAAGAUAGGAGUCCGAAAGUUGUUUGUCGCCGGUCACCACGGAGUCCAGUGAUAGAGAAGAAGCGUCCUGUCAAAGCAUCUGACUUGGAAACGCAGCUUGCUCAACUCCAAGAUGAGCUAAAGAAUGCGAAGGACCAGCUGAGUUCUUCUGAAUCAUUGAAGAAAAGGGCUCAACAGGAUGCUGAUGAAGCUAAAAAGCAGCUUGCGGUCAUGUCAGAAAAGCUCGAGGACUCUAAGAAGCAGCUGCUUGAUCUCUCAGAUUCAGAAGAAGCUCGACUGCUGGAGUUGCGCAAGAUAUCACAGGAUCGAGACCGAGCAUGGCAAUCUGAGCUUGAGGCUAUCCAGAAGCAGCAUGAGUUGGACUCUGCUGCUUUGUCCUCUGCCAUGAAUGAAAUACAGAAACUUAAACUUCAGCUGGACCAGGUGGCUGAUUGUGAAGCCGCUCAAGCUCAUCACGCUGAGUCAGCUUAUGUUGAGAUACAAAGCUUAAGGAUUGAACUUACAAAGACCCUUACAUUGGUUGAUAAACUGAGAAACCAGCUUAACGAUAGCAAGGAAUCUGAGGCUUGUUCAUUUGAAGAAGUGAGCAAAGCUCAGAUGCAGCUGGAAGUGGCCAAGAUGACCGAGGAUACUCUACGUUCUGAAGGUCUGAAAGCAAUGGAGGCUUGCAGGACCUUGUCUUUGGAGUUGGAAAAAUCAAAGGAUCGAGUAGCUUCAUUGGAGGAACUUGUCAGCAAACUCCAGUCUGGUCUGGUAGACUCUUCAGAAAGUUCUGUAGCCGCAGAAGGAAACAGCUUAAAUGUAGAAGCUGAUAAAUUAAACAUUGAGCUGAGUACCAUCCAAGUUGAGGCAAGUCAAUUAAGAGCUGCUUUGGAGGAUUCCGAGAGAAAGUAUCAGGAAGAAUACAUCCAGAACACCUUGCAGACACGAAGUGCUUACGAGCUAGUGGAGCGCACAAAAUCCGAAUCACUUCAGAGGGAGGCUGAAUGGGAGGCAAUACUAAAUGAAGCAAAAUCCAAAGUGGAAGAGUUGAAAGAAAAACUGAUGAACAUAGAAGCUCAACUUGUUGAUAUUUCGGAUGUGAAUAAGGGACUAAGUCUGCAUGUUGAGCAAAUGCAGUCAGCUGAUAAAGAGUUUGAAUUAGCUGCUCAACUGAAGAAAUCAGAGUCAGUUUUGGGAGAUCUGAGAGCAAAUUUAUUUGACAAAGAGACAGAGUUGCUGAGUCUUAUGGAGGAGAAUGAGCAGUUGAAGUUGGAAAUCAGUAAGAGGGAAUCGGAGAGUACCAAAAUUAACGACGAGGCACUUGCCUUAGUAGAAGAAGCAAAAACUGCAGAAAGAGAGGCCCUGAUAAAGCUGGGAGAUUUGACUGAGGAAGCAGACAAAAGCAGCAGAAAGGUACCUCGUGUCACUGAGGAGUUGAAUGCAGCACAGGCUGCAAACUCGGAGAUUGAAACCGAGCUAAGGAGGUUAAAAGUGCAAUGUGAUCAAUGGAGAAAGGCUGCUGAAGCAGCUGCAUCUAUACUUUCAACUGGAAAUAACGGGAAAUAUGUCGAGAGAACAGGUUCUUUAGACUACCACACUAUCGGUGGAAAGCUUGGUUCACCACUCUUGGACGACUUGGAUGAUGACUCGCCAAAGAAGAAGAAUAACAACAUGUUGAAGAAACUCAGUUUUUUAUUGAAAAAGGGACAGAAGUAAAUAAUGCGCUAUCGUGCAGGACUUGCUGAGCUGAUGCCUUAAUGGAAUUAAUCGUUUUUGCGGAUUUUUGUAUAGCUGUUUGGAAAUCUUCAGUUUGUAUGGCAAUUGGUAUUUUUAGAUACAGACUGUUGUAUUUUCCAAGUAUUUGUUGCAAGUGUAAUGAAAGCUAUGACAGAUGAUUAAUGGUAAAAUUUGCUCU